ACACUUGUAAAUAAAUAUGAAUCUCAAGCUGCCCUAAAUCUUUAGUCUAUAUAAAAGGGUCCACUCUAUGUCCUCCACUCAACACAGAAUCUAAGUGAUAAGGAGGAAAAAUAAGUGAACUCACUAUGUCAAAACUAGUCACCCUCUUCACCUUAGCUCUUCUAUUAAGCUUGAGUUUAACCUCUGCCUCUCGUCCUAAUUUUGUAUUUAAAGGUGUCUCUUCACUACACGAGGAUAUUGUUUCUAGCAAGGCAUCAAGUGUAGAUUUAGAAGAUGAGAAUUGUGAAGGAGUGGAAGGAGAACAAGAAUGUUUGACAAGAAGGACUCUAGCUGCACAUCUCGAUUAUAUCUACACUCAGCAUAAACCCAAAAAUUAAUGUCUUUGGAAUGGAAGCAACAUAAUAAUGCAAUAAAGCAAUAUAUGAUCAAUAUAUAAAUUUUUGUUUCAUGUAUAAAAAAUAUGCUUAAUUUUGUUGAGUUUUUGUUGAAUUAUAUUUGAAUAUAUAUACAUGUACAUGUACGGAUAUAUACACAUAUUUUCCUAUAGUUUCAAGUUUCAACCUAAGGGUGAAGAAAGCUUUCACACACCCCUCUGAUUUGAAGAAUUUGGUGUUCAGCAUAAUCAGAAAUUGUGGAAGAUGGCUUUAAUCUCAAGUACGAGGAGUGAAGACAUUCUAUCAAAUUUUGAAUGAAUUGUUUUAUGUAAUUUAA